UUUCUCUCUUUCACAGGUCAGAGGUAAAAUGGGAGGGAAGCUGAGCAAAAAGAAGAAGGGAUACAAUGUGAACGACGAGAAGGUGAAAGAGAAGGACCCAAAGACGGAGGGAGCGUCGGCGGAGGAGGGUGAAGCUCCUAAGGAAAACAAUGAGGGCACUGCUGCUGCCACCGAGACAACCAAUGACACGGCGGCGGCCGCCAAAGAAGCCACGCCCACCGCCGAUAGCAACUCCACUGCACCCAAGGAGGAGGAUAAAAGCGCCGCCCCUCCGAAGAAGGAGGAGCCUGUGGUGAAUGCUAAUGCUCCUAAAGCUUCUGAUGCCAAGAGCAGCGAGGCUGCCAAAGUAGAACCCGCCAACAGUCCAGAUGCCCCUCCUGCCAAAGCGGAAGAAAAAUCUGCCCCUUCUGCAGCUCUGGCCAAUGAGAAAGAAGCUGUGAAAGAGCCUGCUAAAGAUCCCACCCCUCCUGUAGCCAAAGCGAUGGAGAGCAAGCCCGACGCUGAGUCUAAAAAGACUGAGGCUCCGCCCGCAAAAGAAUCCGCCCCCGCAGAGCCAAUCACCACGGAGUCCAGCCCCGCCCCCAACAAGGAGCAAGCAGUCGCUGUGCAGGAUUAACAGAAGGAACAGUUAAUGACAAGAUUAAUGACAAAUGAAAAACCAGAUCAAAUCUAAAUCAUUAAAACUAGCCCACCCAUUUUAAACUAUAUCAGUAAUUAUAAUAUGAAUAAUGAUAAUAGUAACAAUAACAAUAAUGAUUUUAACAGGCUGGACUGAUCAUUGUGUUGGUGAUGGACAUGAUCAUGGUGAAUAAGACUGGCAGUUGUGAUGAUAUUAUCUUUAAUAUCCAAUUGAACUUUGAUACAAACCACCAGCCCCCAACUCUCUCUCUCUUUAUCUCUUUUCACCUUUCUUUCUACCUCCAUUCAAUGAGGGGUGGAAUACAAACAUGGAAUCUAUUCAUUGCCACCCUCCGAAUCUCACUUCCCUCCAUUUGAGUGUAAUGUGAUGGCAGUGAGUGGGGUUAAUAUAUAUAUAUAUAUGUGUGUGUGUGU